AUGCGUGAACAAAUGGUUUUGGAUGAGAAAAUUAUUGGUAUUGAAUUAAAUGCAAAUAAAAAACAAUUUAAAUGGCCUGUUAAUGAUACUGAAAAAAAACCAAAAGAAACUGAUGAUGAUGAAGAAAGUAAUGAUGAAAUGUCUGCUCUUCAAAAAAUUUUUGUUGUUCACAGUGCUGUUCUUGGUAUUGGUGCAAAAUCUGAUCAACGAAAUUUAGUACAUUUAACAAUAAAAGAUAAUUCUGGUGAUAAAAUAAUUCUUGAUCAACCAAUUUUUUCAUUAUCACUUAAUAAAAAUGAUUCAAUUUCAGCUUUUAAUCUUCGAAUUUUAUUAACUGAAACAACUGAAGUAUUAUUUAAAUUAGUUGAAGGUGAUGGUCCAAUACAUUUAAUAACAUCAAAAAUACUUGAACCUCCAUUUGAUUUUGGUGGUUAUUCAUCUGAUGAUGAUGAAGAUCAAUUUGAUACAAUGAGUGCAACAAGUGAUGAAGAUAUUCAACAUAAUGCUGGUGAUAGAAAAAAUCAAAUGAUAUCAAUAGGAAAAUUAUCAAAAAAAUCUAAAAAGCAGCAAAUACCAUCGAAUAUGAUAAAUAAUAAUUCAUCAGAAUUACAACAACAAAAGAAAAAACGUAAAAAAGAUGAUUAA